AUGCGUCUUAAGGACAAUGUCACCAUACAGCAUUCCGCUCCCCAGUACGCUCCCACUGAGCAACAGCCCUCGCCAGACUAUUGGGAUUGCCGUCUUCUCGUGGUAUCUGGUGUUAAUCCCCCUUGGGGAGACCAAAUUGAUACCACCGUGCUUGUGCGGUCCGGCCCGGUGCGGUUGAUGUGGGGCACGACCACAUAA